UCCAAGCAAGCUGCAGUGGCGAGGAGAAGAGAAGAGGAAGAGGAGGAGAUUGGGAAUUGGGACUGGGAGAUUCGGUGGAUUCGUGGAUUUCGGUCGGGUCGAGCGAGCCAACCUAAAAGAAAAGAAACUAAAGAAAGGCCUAAAGCCAAGCUAACUAACUUGUUGGGUUGGGAGUUCACGAAACACGAAACGAACUGUUUGUGUUAGUGUUUGUUGUGUAAGAGUUACAAGUGUUUAAAAAAUCACUGAGAUAAUAAUGCAGAUUUUGAAUGGUCAUGAACGGCAUUGUCAGCUCCAUGCUGCAUGAUACUGAGUGGAAAGAAGGUAUUCUCUCGUGUGUAUCGUGUCAUCUUAAGUUUACAUCUUUCAACGAAGGUCAAUUCCACCACCUGCAGCACAUUGGCGAUUCAUCAGUGUACCUCACAAAGCUAAACUCCAAACUCCUUCGUCGUUUACAAGCAGAUGCACUCUUGUGCCAACAUCAAGAAGAAGAUAAGUAAGCGUAAACCAUUAAAGAAGCGACCCGGGCCUAAGUGCAAGACGUUGGUAGCCGAAAAUCUGCCACCAAAACCCCAGCACUCUCCUCUGAAACUUACGUUCAAAAGGCUACCAACCUGCCGCGAGCCGGUCUUCGAGGUUGUGAAAAAGAAGGGGAGGGUGAAAUCUUUUGCUGCCAUGGAUGACAUGAUACCUGAAGGGAGGGGGGUUUUACCCUCCCAGUCACAAACUACGAGCCCGACACCAAUUGAUAUCCUGAGGGAGGAAGUUAAUGCAGAUUCUCAUAGAAGUACUUGGGAAAGCUUAGCCGUCACAUUUGGUUUCCUCGCCCCAGAGGCGCUGGAAGAAAAUGAAGAGAAAGGAGAGACACCAUCUGUCAACGGCAACCCCCCUGCGGCUCCCAAGGAACCCAAGAGGGGGAAAAAGACCAAGGAAAAAGACAAAGAAAAGGAAAAGCAGCAAGAAGACUCAGGGAUUUCAUCAAACUCUGAGCCAGAGCCUUCCGAUCCUCCGCCGCCCACGGAGCCAGCUCCGUCUCUACAAUCAGUGGAGAAUGAGAUGGAGCGGAUUCAUGAAGGUCAGAAAAGCACCGAACAAGAAUCAUCAGACAGUGGAUGUGAGAAGGAUGGAAGCGAAACAGAUUUUUCUGGGGAGAAAAAUAAAGAGCCGACUCCUCCUCCUGCGUUGAAUCCCAGUCCAGUCGGCAGUUUGACGGUACUCGCUCCGUCGGCUUUGAACAGCUCAGUCGUGAAUGGUGCUCUACCGUCUGAACCUCUAGACAGUAGUGCAGUGAUGGAGACGUUCAACAGUUUGGACACAGAGCAGCCCCUCCCCCCACCACCACCUGUUCUGAAGGAGGGAGUGAGUCUGACAGUGAAGACUCCGGCAGCGCUUGGUGCUACCAUAACUCCCAACCUUCUCAACAUAUUACCUGAGACCUCUAGUGAUCCUCUGGGCCUACUGAGGGGAUUCCAACCUAUGGAACCAAGUCAGAGUUUCAUUAUGGAAACUUGCGAGGUGUGUGGAGAGCGAAGUGACAACAUUGAACAGCACAGGGCCACAAUGGGCCACUACAAGUGUCAUGUGCUGCCAGAGUGUGCUGGCUCUGUGUUUGCUAAUCAAGGAGAGCUCACUAGUCAUCAACACGUGGUGCACGGACUCAGCCCCACACCUCAGCAACAGUCCCUGCAGCAACUCCAGCAACAGGUCCAACGACUGCCAGUGCCUUACGGGAUACCCACCCCACCCCCUGCCAUGGGUACACCUCCACCAGCCAUCAGUCCCUCUCUAGGCUAUAGGGUACCCAGCGGAGUCACUUUGACGUUUCCUGGAGCCUCCCCCUCCACUCCCACCAUCACACCGCGACAGUUUGCCAUGCAGACGUCCCCCUCCACUAUACAACCGGACGGAUCGCCAGUGCCUGUUGCUUCGCCCACUCUACCUGCAGGGCUGGGCCGGUCUAUCAGUAUAUCUCCUUCUAUCAAAACAGCACAAAAGCGGGCCACCCCCUCCCCUGCUGAGAGUGAAGCCAGCAAGAGAAGUCGGCCGGAGAGUCCAGACUGUAUGCUGGUUGAGGACGGGUCUGCUCCACCCAAGGUUCCUACAUUGCCCAGUGGCAUCUCUCUGACUGUGCGCGGCUCACAGUCACAGAACAGCGGGGUCGCCAACAUCCUGGCAUCACGAGGCAUCACGGUGACUCCGGCAGCCAAUAAGACUCCUCCCCCUUUGCCUGCAUCUAACAGAGCGAGUGUAACCGCUCAGCCUGUCACUACACUAAACCUCAGCUCAGCGGUUUCUAUAGUUCCUGCCAGCCAGUCCUCUAGAGGGCAAUUUGCGGUACCUACUGACCGUAACAGGGGUAGACAAGUUACCUCCACUGUAAAACCUUUUACCGUAGACUUGACACAAGACUCGGACAGACCUUCAUUUCGACGACGGCCGCAGCGCUUCACAUGUCAGUUCUGUGACAAAGUGUUUACAACACAAGAGACUCUCAACACCCAUCUGGCAACCCAUCGCAGUCCUGGCAAACUUCCUUACAAAUGUAACCUGUGUAAUGCGCAGUAUCCGACUCAGCAGGCGAUGUUGCAACACAAACAAAACUACCACAAGGAAGCGCAAGGCUCGGAGAUGGCCCUGCCUGUGGUGGAUAUGAAGAACCCUGCAUCAAUAAACAAACUUACAUCUCUCGGCAUCCGUCACUGUCUGGUGCUGUCCCAGCUGACUAACUCGUCAGGUGGAGUGUUUGGACUGCCGAUCGUAGCAAUCGACAAUGCUAAAAACCCAGCAGUGUGCAAUCUUGGGGCUCUGGGAGCGUCCAACGUACUGUCACUGGGACCUGCCAAAGCUCUUAGAUAAAGUUUUAAAAUGUUUGAAUAUUUUAUUUCCAAAACGUUUUUUACUUUUUUACUUACAGAUAGUUUAUUGUUAUUUUGUUUUCUCUAAAACCAUUAAUUUGAGGUCCCUCCCUCUUAAAGGGGAAGGUUGUGAUAAAUUAACAGGAAUCUAUGAUAUUUGUUACUUGAGAGAUGUUUUUUAUACACUGGAAUUGUGUAUAUGACUACUAUGUAUUUAAAUAUAGACGUCUACCAUGUAAAUAGUAAAAUAAUUGUGUAAAAAUAUUCAACCUGUGUAAUUUGCGUUGUUUGUAUGUUGUCAGUGGAUUUUUAUUUUAGGUUUCAUUUUUACAAUAAUAAAUACAUUAUUAUUACAUUUUAUGAUCCAAACCUGAAGAUAACUAGCCUUGAAUGUUUUUAUACAAAAUUGAAAACUGCUUUUGAACUGUUUUAAAGUACAGGCAUACUUUUGGAUGCAAUAUUCAAUAAAUGAAAUAUAUCUUUGGCCUUAUGUUGGCACAUGCUUUAAUUUAUUGAUACAUUCUUUGCAAUUUCUGCUUUUAUUUUAAAAUUAAAAAUCCAGUCAUAGUUUUCAUUAAAUCCAUCACAGUAAAGACUACUUAACACCUAUUACAAUUGGAAUUUAAACAGUAUUUUUAUAACUUGACACAAAGAGAAUAGCUGGGUCCUAAAAGUCAAAAGGCAAAUCUUACAAUGAUUUUACAUCUUUAAAUAAUACUGUAAUGUAUGCCUGAGGUUAUAAGCGAUCUUUUAAGGCCACAAAAAAAAAACUUUACACUGACAACAGAUUGUUUCCCGAGUGAGUGGCAAAUUCAUUCUCAUGUAAGGUCAAAAAAGACUGACUGUGAAUAUGUUAAAUAUCAUACUUUGACUGUAUUUUAUGUAUUUUUUGAAGUGUUAGCUAUUCCAACACACUUGUGAGAUAGUUUUAAUAGUAACAUUUGUUUUCUAUUAAAAGUUUCAUUAUACAUUACAGUAUUUAUAACUUUUAGUCAUCUAAGCAGAGAUCACUGUGGAUUUAUCUCAGAGUAUCUAAUAAAUUGUGUUUUAUUUUUCA